AUGUAUUUUGAUGCAAAUGGUGACCCACCUGCAAGGUAUGACAUCUUUAACUUUGCCUUGUUCCCAGAUGGAAGUAGCAAUUACUUUCAAGUGGGUGGCUUUGAAAACAAGGCUCUUGGAAGGCCAGAACUUACCAUCAAUGUGGGAGACAUUUUAUGGAAUGAAAAAUUUAACCAGGUACCCCAUUCUGUCUGCACUGAAGGUUGUCAUCUUGGAUACCAAAAGGUUUCCCAAAAAGGACAACCUGUCUGUUGCUUUGAUUGUUUAAUAUGUUCCAAGGGAGAAAUCGCUAACCAGACUGAUGCUGUGAGCUGCAUGAAAUGUACAGAGGAUUUCUGGUCCAAUGAUAAGCGAGAUAAGUGCAUUCCAAAAAGCAUAGAAUAUCUCUCCUAUGAAGACCCUAUUGGAGCUUCACUAUUUUUUUGCUCAAGUACCCUGAGUGUUUUGACAGUUUUGAUUUUCUGCAUUUUCAUUAAGUUCAAGGACACUCCGAUAGUCAAGGCUAACAACCGUGAGCUCAGCUACUUCCUACUAGUUUCCCUCACACUCUGUUUCUUGUGUUCCCUGCUUUUCAUUGGUCGUCCCAUGAAGCUGAACUGCAUGUUUCGUCAGGUGGUGUUUGGUUUGACAUUCUCCAUUUGUGUGUCCUGCAUUUUAGCCAAAACUGUCACAGUGGUGAUUGCCUUUAGUGCCACAAGGCCAGACAGCAGGUUAAAGAACUGGGUAGGAUCCAGGGUAUCCACUUCCACUGUUAUCUUUGGAUCACUGGUUCAGGUGACUAUUUGCUUUUCUUGGUUGUACACAUCUGUUCCAUUUCCAGAAUUUAACAAGACCUCAACAGAUGGAAAGAUAAUCAUUGAGUGCAAUGAAGGAUCAGUUUUUGCCUUUUGGACCAUGCUAGGAUACUUGGGCUUCUUAGCUAUUUCCUCCUUUGUUGUUGCCUUCCUGGCCAGGAACUUACCUGGCAGCUUCAAUGAGGCUAAGUACAUUACCUUUAGCAUGCUUGUGUUUGUCAGUGUGUGGCUGUCAUUUAUCCCUGCAUACCUGAGCAUCAGGGGGAUGUACAUGGUAGCUGUGGAAAUUUUUGCCAUCCUGGCUUCCAGUGCUGGAAUGUUGGGCUGUAUAUUCUUACCCAAGUGUUACAUCAUAAUACUGAGGCCAGAACUGAACACCAGGGGAUAUAUGGUUAGGGAAAAGUGA